CCCAAAACGCCCAAAACGCAAUUUACAGCCAAUUGCUGUAAAUCAAUAAAUACUCCGUAUUUCUUUGGAAGAAGAAUAGAGGUACAGAGGAAAGCAAAAAUCAGGUCAAUCCAAAUAAGAAGCCGGUCGCUAGUUUGCAGCUUGCCGAUUUGCAGGCCCCCUUGGCAUGUGAGGCCAAGGCAGUUGCCUUGGUGAACUGGCCUCAAAGCCGCCUCUGACGGGAGGCUCCCCACCGACGCAGAUCUAUAGUCGCGGCAGCAGCUCGCUGCUUCACCUCCGUCGCAGCUCGGCCUCGAGUCGCGUGAGCAUCCACAAAGCUAAAUAACGGCGGUCUCGGUAAAGGGAUUUCCUAACCACGCUGUGAGCUUCCGCCAUUAAUGGCAGUUUGAGAGCUCUGCUCACGAGCUGAGUAACAGCGACAUCGAGGGUCCCUACUCCCUCUCCAACAGCUACCACGACCGGUGUGCCUCGCCUUUCCUCUAGGCUCAGUUUGAGGGCACGCCCACCUCCCUCUUUGGUCUCAAUAUCCGGCACAGUGGAGUCUGACCGUGAACAUCUCCAGGUCUCCAGGACUGUAAAGCAGAGGAAUGGCCGUAUAACAAAUGAAAGGUCAAGGGAAUUUUGGGCUAAGUGAAAAACAAUGGGCCGAACCAUCUUUGUGCAAAUUCUUUCGAAGGGCUGGAUUUCAACACACCAAAUUUCAGCAACAGGCCCAAUUUCAGCUCAACUCCAAAAGCUAAGUACCCAAAAAUCCAAUACUCGUAUUUACACAUUAAAUUAAUUAAAUAUUAUUAUUGUUGUUGUUGUUGUUGUUGUUAUUAUUAUUAUUAUUACUCCGUAUAUUAUUGCCACCACCAUUAUGGCGGAUUAAAAUCCCCGAGGUGGUGAACACCAUUAUGGCGGGUUAAAGUCCCCGAGAUUACUAAAAAUGCAUUAUUAUUGAUGUUAUUGUGAUUAUCACCACCAUUAUUGUUAGCGGGUUAAAAUCCUCCAAAGUGGUGCGAGCCGAACCCUAAUCCACCAAACAUCUUUAUUUGAUGAUUCGGGUUAUAGGUGAGCCCCUCGACCUACCCCCAGUCACUUUUAUUUGAUAACCGGGUGCGCUCAAUGGCCUUCAAAUUGUCGCAAGCUAAGCUUCCGUUCAUUUUUAUUUAAUGACCGGUUUGCUUCAAAAACCGUUGCAAUGACAACGUAUCUAGAUCGAAUUAUUGAUUCCCGCACAUCUCUAAAGUUUGAAAAAGAAACACAAACAAAAGUGUGUCACCUUGGUCCCCCACGGAUACAAUCCGGGAAAAUGCAGCCAAAUGACCACUUAAUCUGGAACCUAAGACCCGCAAAAUGGCCGAAGGCCCAAAAGGAGCGAAACGCCCCCCCACGAUUAUAAUCGGGAAAGUGCGGCAAGGCUCCAAACACUUUAAGGUGAUUCUGAGGGGCUCUGUAGUGCUCACAGAAAGCCCGACCCCAACGGCCCGUGAGGCCGGGGACGCCUUAAGUGUACACCCCCGUCAGCGAAAUGGCCUACGACACCUUGGGACGAAGCGCGGUAAACAUCCUCUCGUUUCCAAUGAGGGCAAAAUAAUAGUAAUAAUAUAAAAAUAAAAAAUCCACGGGAUGAGGCGCGGCAAAUGACCCCUCGUCUGAGGCACGAAUCUACCCAAAAAAGGGGGAGACGGGACAAUAUUGUAAUAAAAUUUAUUACAAUAUUAUAUACUUCGUAUACAAUAUAAAAUUUUAAAAGUCCAAGGGGGCGGUCGGGUGUCUACCACUCUACCAUCUAAUAUAUACAGAUUAGCACCCCAAAUCUAAAUCAUAAUCUGGCUAUACCAUCUACUCUCUUAAGUACGCCUUAGUUAUAUAAUCGAUCGGGUGUCCAUAUUAACCGCUAUGUACUUAAGACAGUCAUUAAAUACCACUAAACGCACAACUCAAAACAUUAUAUACGGAGUAAUAUGUACACACUACAUGUUACUGGACAACUCAAAAAUUAUAUUAUUAUAUUCCUGUAGGAUGUCUAUGAAUAUGGAAUGCCACUGCUCCAUAUUAAAUUGAAAGCAAGUACAUCAUAGAUAAUCAUUAAUUAUACAUUAAUUGUUGGAAAGCUACCCAAAUAUUUGCACGAAUGUUUAUAGGUGUAUAUGUUUAUUGUGAAGUUCGACGAAUCCACUGUAAUUAUUAUGUGCUGUUUUUUCACUUUUUUGUGCAAUUCGAACGACACAUGUUUUUUUAAGACUUAAACCCUAUCAAUAAAUUUUAGAGUAAAUAAAUAUAUGCCCAAAUUGCUAUAGUGUUCCUGCCCAAAACUUCCUUCCACUAUCUUGUUAUUAUAUAAUAUAUAUAUAUAUAUAUAUGUGAAUAUAUAAAACGGUGGACAAAAUUAAACAAAAUUACCUCUCGUCACAUAUCUUUUGGUUAUUUUACACUUCAUGUCACCUACUAGACAGUAGGCUUCGAGAUACAUCCCGAGAACUCCAACGUUCCCGAGAACUUGGUUCAUGAGGACAAAUCUCUCCAUGCCAUAUGCUCUUCACCAGAAGUUCAUUAUUGAAAGUAUUUUUUCUUUUUGGAAUUCUCCCUCUCCGAUCAACAACAUAGCAUGAUAUGGUCCUAUGAAAUCUUCUUUUUGCAUACUUUCUAUUGGGUCCAUAUAUAUUCCCUAGUAAAAGAAAAUGGAAAAAUAUUUAAACUUGCAAGUUAUAUUUAAAUUAUCAAAUCUCAGUUAGUAGGUUCAUACUUGAGCCGUUUCAUUACUAGAUCUUGUCCUGAUAUAAAUUCAUAGUCGUUCAUAUGACUCUGAAAAAAGGAAAUUUUCAGAAUAAAAUCAAGAAAACUGGAAAUUUCAUUUAACAGAAAAGACAUUAUAGGGAUUGCAAAUUUCUGGGCAAUUCGACAGUGCCAGAACUCUCCAGGUUCUAAUUGUCUAACAGCCUGUCCUUCCACCCCUUUUAUUUCUUUCCCACCAACUAACUUCCCAGUUCCCACCUGUCUAAUUAACUCUUUAUUCUACUCUUUCGUGUAUACACCCUGCCAAACUCUCUAUUGGGAUGUAAUAAAAACAAGUACUAUGAAUUAAUUAAAUCAUUAUUUCCCACUUCAAAAAAUACCUUGCCCUCAAGGUGAAUCUCAAGGAACUGCUUCUGAAAGUGUUGUAAGUCUUCUCAGGAAUCUCAAGGAACUGCUUCUGAAAGUGUUGUAAGUCUUCUCAGGAAUCUUCAACUGUCUCUAGUGAAUUACAAUCUCUUUCUUCCUGCAUCUGUUCUGCAUUGCAACACUUCUUCUGGUUGCACAUGCAGUUCUCAUUCAUUCAAACAAGUUGGAAGAGGCUGACACGGAAUGUUGAGAUUUAUAGCCUUUUUUCACAAUGUGAAAGACAGGGUCUACUUUACUGGUUUAUGGUAAUUUCAACUUGUAAGCUACUGUAUUGAUUUUUUCAAUCACCUCAAACGGACUUGAGCUUAACUUUUGGUUGUAACUCUUCUAAUAUUAUUAUUAUUGUUAUUAUUAUUCUCAUUAUUAUUAUUAGAUGUAGUAUUGAGCCACUCACAUGUUAUGCAUUCUCAUCACGUGAGUGGAUACUGUUAUGUGCUCAUGGACAGUGAUCAAUGUAUCUCAAGGCCGUUUGAGGUGAUUGAAAAAAUCAAUACAGUGGCUUACAAGUUGAAAUUACUAGAAACCAGUAAAGUGGGCCCUGUCUUUCACAUUGUGGAAAAAGGCUAUAAAUCUCAACAUUCCUUGUCAGCCUCUUCCAGCUUGUUUGAAUGAAGAAUGGGAACUACAGGUGCAACCGGAAGAAGUGUUGCAAUGCAGAACAAAUGCAGGAGGAAAGAAAGAGAUUGUAAUUCACCGGAGACAGUUGAAGAUUCCUGGGAAGACUUACAACACUUUCAGAAGCAGUUCCUUGAGAUUCACUUUGAGGGCAAGGUGUUUUUUGAAGUGGGAAGUAAUGAUAUAAUUCAGAGUACUUGUUUUUAUUACUCCCAAUAGAGAGUUUGGCAGGGUGUAUACACGAAGGAGUAGAAUAAAGAGUUAGUUAGACAAGUGGAAAGUUAGUUGGGGGGAGAAAGAAAUAAAAAGGGUGGGAGGAGAGUGGAAGGACAGACUAUUGAACCUAGAGAGCUCUGGCACUCUCAAAUUGCCCAGAAAUUUGUCAUCCCUGUAAUGUCUUUUCUGUUAAACGAAAUAUUAAGUUUUCUUGAUUUUAUUAUGAAAAUUUCCUUUUUUCAGAUUCAUAUGAACGAUUAUGAGUUUAUAUCAGAAUAAGAUCUAGUAAUGAAACAGCUCAAGAAUGGGCUUGUGGCUAUAGUGGUGGAUUACCACGAAUCUUUGUGUGACUAUACUGAGGCAAUGACACUAUAGUAUAAACUCACUAACUUAGAUUUGAGAAUUUAAAUAUAACCUGCAAGUUUAAAUAUUUUUCCAUUUUCUUUUACUAGGGAAUAUAUAUGGACCCAAUAAGAAGUAUGCAAAAAGAAGAUUUCACAGAUACAUGCUAUGUUGUUGAUUGGAGAGGGAGAAUUCCAAAAAGAAAUAAUACUCUCAAUAAUGAACUCCUGGGGAAGAACAUGUGGCAUGGAGAGAUUAGUCCUCAUGAACCAAGUUCUCUGGAAUGUUGGAGUUCUCAGGAUGUAUCUUGAAGCCUACUGUCUAGUAGGUGACAUGAAGGGUAAAAUAACCAAAAGAUAUGUGACGAGAGGUAAUUUUGUCCACUGUUUUAUAUAUAUUCAUAUCUAUACAUAUAUUAUAUAAUAAUAAAAUAGUGGGAGGAAGUUCUGGGCAGGAACACUCUAGCGACCGUCGCCCUCAUGUGACGAUCGGCUCAUCAUCACCUCGUCAUCAUUGUUCGGAUUGGCUCCUCAUGAUCGCCGUCCCCAUAUCACGACCAGUCUUUUGGCACGUCGUGAUUAUCUUGCUCAAGACCGGUCUUAGCCAUUCCUUUACCGGACGACAACCGUUGCUCAUAUAUUUGGACCUACCCUUCGGUGCCGACGUCCUUGCAUCACGUUAGGCCCUCGACCUCAACGUGAUCAUUUUCCUCGAUACCAGUCUUAGCCAUUCCUUUUCUAGAUGGCGAUCGUUGCCCGGAUCUUUGGACUGGCCCUUCGGUGCCGAUUUCCUUGCAUCACGGUAGGCCCUCGGCCUCAACGUGAUCAUUUACAUCAAGACCGGUCUUAGCCAUUCCUUUACCAGAUGGAGACCGUUGCAUGGAUUUUCGGACCGACCCCUUAGUGCCGACAUCCUCACUUCACGACCGGCCUUUCGGCACGUCGUGAUUAUCAUUCUCAAGACCGAUCUUAGCCAUUUCUUUACCGGAUGGCGACUGUUGCAUGGAUUUUCGAACCGGUCCCUCAGUGCCGACAUCCUCACGUUACGACUAGCCUUUCGGCACGUCAUGAUUAUCUAUUUCAAGACUGACCUCAUCCCCCCACUUCAUGUAUGAGGACCGUUGUGUGGACUUUUUGAUUAGCCCCCCCCGUGCUGAUGUCCUUGCAUCACGGCAGGCCUCUCGGCCUUGACAUGAUCAUUUAGCUCAAGACUGGCUCCCCAACGCCGAAGUCUUGAUCUAGCGACUAGGCUCGCCAUCCCUUCUCGGAUGGUGACCGUCGCCCUCACAUGACGAUCGACUCAUCAUCGCCUCGUCAUCAUUAUUCGGACCGACUUAUCAUCAUCGCCGUCCACAUAUCACGACCGGCCCCUCGGCUCGGCGUGAUUAUUUAUCAUCAAGACCUGCUCCUCAAUGCCGAAGUUUUGGUCUAGCGAGUUGGCUCGCCAUCCCUUCCCGGAUGGUGAUUGUCGCCCUCACAUGAUGAUUGGCUCAUCUUCGCCUCGUCAUCAUUAUUCUGAUCGGCCUCCUUGACGCCGUCAUAUGUAUCUCAAGACCGGCUCCCCAGCGCCUAGUGUCUCGUUAUAGCGAUUGGGCUCGCCAUUCCGCUAUUGGAUGGUGACCGUCUCCUUUAUAUGACGAUCGGGUUAUCAUCGCCUCGUCAUCAUUAUUCGGACCGGCUUCGGACUGACUUCUCAUCAUCGCCGUCCGCAUAUCAUGACUGAGAGGAUCAUUUAGAGAAAUUCCUUUAAAUCUGAGUGGUACCUAUGAAAAUUUCCCCAGUUCGUGAAUAAUUACAAUAGUUUUUCAAUCUUACCUUCAGAUUUGGAUAAUGACGUGAAGAAGAGGUGGUUGGAACAGGGAAGGGCUGCCAGAUGAGCCAAAAUGUAUUAUAUGUGGUCAUUAUGAUGAAUACAUAUGCUACGAAACUGAUGAUGACAUUUGUAGUCUGGAAUGUAAAUCAAUUCUUUUUAUCUCGGAUACAAGAAUCUCGAGAACCAUCCCCUUGCACUCCUCCAGUAAAAUUUCCAGGUACUGAUGAGUGUUAUUAUGUGAAGGAUGGUAGCACUAAAUCUGAUUUGAAAUCUCUGACCUUGAUAAAUCAAAGUUGUUGAGGACAAAACUCAACAUUUCCGUGAAGGAUGGUAGCACUAAAUCUGAUUUGAAAUCUCUGGACCUUGGUAAAUCAGAGUUGUUGAGGACAAAACUCAACAUUUCCGUGAAGGGUGACCUUGUUCCACCUCCCUUCACAUCGUUUUCUCAAUGCAAUGUUCCUCAAAAGCUUAUUGAUAACUUAGAAGUUGCAGGGUAUGAAAUUCCACCUGUUCAAAUGCAAGCCAUCCCGGCUGCUUUAUCCGGUCAAAGCGUGCUGGUACCUGCCGAGACUGGUUCCGGGAAAACAGGUUCGUUUCUAAUUCCUAUCAUUGCGAAUUGUGUGAAAAUGAAUCUAGCUUGUCAUGAGAGGAAGCAGAAACCAUAGUGUGGUUCUUGCGCCCACAAGAGAGCUCUGUAUACAAAUAGAAGAUCAAGCUAAGGUGUUGGGGAAGGGCAUGCCUUUCAACACUGCAUUGACUGUAAGUGGUGAUGCAAUGGCCCAGCAGCUCUAUCGUAUUCAAAAAGGAGUUUCAUUGGUUAUUGGUACUCCUGGUAGGUUAAUUGAUCUUCUGAUUAAGCAUCAUGAGAUUGAAUUAGACAGGAUCUUAACACACAGUGUUUCCAUUUUUGUUCUUGACGAAAGUAUACUUUGUGCUGCAAAGAGGAUUCCGUGAGCAAGUAAUGCAGAUAUUUAGGGCACUGUCUCAACCUCAGCUACUGAUGUAUUCUGCUACCAUUGCGAGAGAGGUGGAGAAAAUGGGAAACUCCAUGGCAAAGCAUUUGACUUUUUUGUCAGUCAGGCAGCUGAACAAGCCUAAUGGGGCUGUGAAGCAGCUUGCCAUUUGGGUGGAAUCAAAACAAAAGAAGCAAAAGCUUUUGAUGUUUUAACGAGCAAGCGGCAUUUUAAGCCACCAAUUUUAGUAUUUGUUGGUUCUAGAAUUGGGGCAGAUCUCCUUUCGGAGGCAAUACCAAUAUGUACAGGACUGAAAGCUCUUUCCAUUCAUGGUGAGAUCGAAGUCAAUGACGGAGAGGAGGGAGAUUCUAAGGUCGUUUUUGGCAGGCGAUGUGCCUGUUAUGGUUGCCACUGGGGUGUUGGGUAGAGGAGUUGAUCUGCUGAGUGUAAAACAAGUGAUAGUGUUUGACAUGCCAAAUUCCAUUAAGGAGUAUGUGCGUCUAGAAUGGGAGAGGAAGGUGAAUCAAUCGUAUUUGUUAAUGGGGGAGAAUAAGAAUCUCUUUCCAGAUUUGGUUGAUACCCUGAAAUCGUCUGGAGCCUCCAUUCCGCCUGAGCUGUCUAAUUUGAUGUACACCAUUCACCAUUGGCUCUUUCUCUGGUGGUAGGCAUCAUCAGAAGAAAAGGAAGAGUUUCAAUUGAAGUAAGCUGUGUGUGUGCAUUGUAUUCUCUCAUCGUUAUAGGGUUUGUUUGGAUCCCAGAAAAUGCCAUGUAAAGAAAGAAAUUGCUAAACAAAGAAUUCUUUUAUGUUUUUUAGUUUUACGGUUUUACCUCAGGAAAUGCAAAUGGAAAUGAAAUAUGACUAUUUGUUUGAUAUUCUUUUUUACAUAUACAUAGUAUUUUUUAGAAUUACUUUUUCUUCAUAUCAUAGGUAUGAAUAAAUAAAAUGAGUAUCAGAAAAAUGUACUGAAUUACGACUAUAUUUUAUUUUCUUCCUGUUUGCUCAGUUUUCUUUCAUGUUUUUUCCACAGCAUUUUCUCGGAUCUGAACGGAGGACCCAAUGACCCAUAAAGACAGCACCUUCCCAAUGGAAGGGAUGAACUCCAUGCAACAGCCCGCCUUGGUGUUCCAAAGGAAUCAGGUGACUAAGUUUUAAAGGAGAACGCCCCGCGGAACCGGUAUUGUCUCGGUAUGUAACUCAAAUAUCAAAAAUUAAAUAAGUUGAAUUAUAUAAGAUCUUUUUUACCAAACUUAUUCAUCACUCAGAUAGUUUUUAAGAAUUAGAUUGAUUGUAACAAAUAUCUUAAAACCAAACUUUACAAGAACCUACUUCUUAACAAAAUCCGUGUUUAUGUUAUUGUAUUGAACAAGGAAGUUUGAUUUUUGCAGCAAGUUGUUUUGCGAGCGUGCGGUUGAAACCAUUGACAGUUGGAUAAAAAUCAAAUACAAUAAAGAAUUUAAACUAUUCAUUCAGGAAGUCCUGCAACAUGUACAUUGGAACAGGGAGGGUUUAUUGAAAGUGUCUUCAUGUAUGCAGUAAUGGAAGGUCUAUGCUUCUGUAAAGAUUAUAACCUACUACUCCUUUUAUUUAUUUCUUUCCCCCAACUAACUUACCAAACUAUAUCUUCUGAAGCAUAAACCUUCCGUUACUGCGUACAUGAAGACACUUUUCAUUGGCCCUCCAAUUCUUUGUUCUAAUGUACAUGUUAUAGAAUUUCCUGAAUGGAUAGUUUGAAUUCUUUAUUGUAUUUGAUUUUUAUCCAACUCUCAAUGGUUUUGCCACGAUAGCAAAACAACUUGCUGCAAAAGUCAAACUUUCGUGUUCAAUACAAUGAGAUAAACACGGAUUUUGUUAACAAGUAGACUCUUAUAAAGCUUGAUUUUAAGAUAUUUGUUACGGUCAAUCUAAUUCUUAAAAUUAUCUGAGUGAUGAAUAAGUUUGGUAAACAAGUUCCUAUAUAAAUUCAAUCUAUUUAAUUUUUGAUGGUUGAGUUAUAUAUGCAGGUCAUCGAGAGAGAGAGAGAUCAAGACAUCUCGACGUCGUUUGCAGUACGCAAGUGGUAAUUCUUCUUGAUCAUGACCUGAAUCACAUGAUUCCCUAGCCUCGUCAUCGUGGCAAGAAUUUAUGAGGAAUCCAAGGUAUGAACGGACCAGAAGAAAGAUGGAUCUUCUUGUGUUCAACGGGAGUGAAGCGUAUGACUGGAUUAUUAAGGUGGAAAGAUUCUACCCACUGAAUCAAGUAGCGGCGGAAAAGAAAGUGGAGUUGGUUGUUAUUGCGAUGGAAGGUAAAAUGAUAUAGAUUAACUACUUAACGGUGUUUGUUAGAAGCAGUUAUAAUACUAUAAUACUGUUCAUUGUAGUUAGUUUGUUAAUCAGCUCUUCAGCUAUAAAUACAAAGAUAGCUACGAAUUGUACAGAUUUUGAACUUGGCAAUAAAACUUCCCUUCUCUAAUCUCUUUGACUAUCUUCUUCUACUCUA